CCAUCAGCUGUUAGGAUGGUGAGUGAGAAUGAGGAGACUCCCCAGCAGGAAGCUGCUGAGCGAGUAGAACCAGGUGGGACGUUGUCAGGAAGACCCAAAGGGAAUGUUUCCGGGAGUUGUACAGUCCCAGAAAAAGCAAAAGCCUGUGAGACUCAGCAGAGGCCAGAGGAAAACUUCAGGAGCCUCUCAGACCUUAUCACACCCGAGUGUGGGAAAAGCUUCAAUGGAAGCUCAGACCUUUUCACACAUCAGGGAAUCCACAGAGGAGAGAGACCCUACAUGUGCUCUGAGUGUGGGAAAUGCUUCCAUCGGAGCUCGCACCUUAUCUCACAUCAGACAAUCCACACGGGAGAGAAACCCUACACGUGCUCUGAGUGCGGGAAAUGCUUCAAUCGGACAUCAGCCCUUAUCACACAUCGUAGAAUCCACACAGGAGAGAUGCCCUACACAUGCUCUGAAUGUGGGAAAAGCUUCAAUCAGAGUUCAAACCUUACCUCACAUCGUAGAACCCACACAGGAGAGAAACCCUACACAUGCUCCGAGUGUGGGAAAAGCUUCAAACAGAGCUCUAGCCUGAGCAGACAUCAGAGAAUCCACACAGGAGAGAGACCCUACACGUGCUCUGAGUGUGGGAAAACCUUCAUUGAGCGCUCAGACCUUGUCAGACAUUGUAAAAUCCACAGUAGAGAGAGAUCCUACACAUGCUCUGCAUGUGGGAAAAGCUUCAAUCAGAGGUCAUUCCCUGUUAGACACCAGAAAAUCCAAAUGGGAGAGAACUGUAAGAAAUGUCUUGAUUAGAGCUGCCCCAACGAUUUGUUUUUUAAAAAAAAAUCACAUUUGCUAAUUCUAGUAUAGUGAUCUUUGCACCAUCUUCACCGUGGUCUCACCUCACCCAGAUGAGUUUCCUGCUCCUGCCUUUUGCAGCUCACCCUUCUUUGGGAUCAGUCCUGUGAUCUUUUCUAUCAACUCCUUUCCUUUUGAAUCGAAGCAGUGUGUCCCCCUCCAGCCAGGCAUGUUCAUCAGCUCCAGGUGGGAGAGAGGUUUGAUCCCAACAAGCUACACUGAGGCAAAAACUACCUGUGCCUUCCAUCCACCAGGGCUGUACAUGGUGUUGGCUGCUCAAGUUAGUGAUCUUGGUGUAAAAAGACAAUUACAGUUGUAGAGCAGAUGCAUCCCAGGUGCAGUGAUAGGCAUUAGCUUUCCCCUUGACCUGAUCUAAACUCCAUCACUUUUCCUAGUCUAAACAAACCCUGAGCAUCACGGUUAUACUGUUCCCCCAUUUCAAAGCAGUUCUUAGUCAUGAAGUUUCCCCUUUGGGAAGAAAUUGUUUCAUUCCCAGUUGCUUUGAUGUUGCUUCAGGUUGUGCUGAAGAGCAGAUAUUUUUAUUACCAUUUUCCUCACUUAAAAUAUAUUGAACUAUAACAAAGCUAUAGUGAUCUAUGGCCCAUGUAAACUAUUUUUAGAAUGCUGCUCCCUAAGUGGCAUUAAUCACACUUCUAAAAAAUGCCAUGAUUAAAUUGGGAACAACUGUCUUUUACCAUUUGGAUGCAAAGUCAGAUGAAGCACAGAAACAAACAGCUGAUUCCUUCAGAGCCAUUCCAUGCCUAUGGGUCCCAAUCUGGCAGCCUUGUUGGGCAGGAAGCACUUCCAUGCUGGGCAAAUGACGGUAGCCAAUGAUGGAAUGUAUCAGAUUCCAAGUUCAGACUGCAGGAUACAUGAAUAUUCAGUCCUGACUCUGUGGUUUGGUCUCUUAGUUUUCCUGUUGAUUCUUGUGCAUUUAUAUCAUUUCUCUGCCUCCUCCUACUUUGAAAGAUUAGAAAGUGUGAAAAUAGAGCACAGGUGGUUUUUCUCAUGAUACAAUCUUCCCACAUAGUGUGAGACCCCUUCCACCAACAUUUCUGGGAGAAGACCCAGGGAGAAAUGAACUCACAGAAAUGGAAGGCUCCUAGAAUGUAGAAUGUGACUUCACACAAAGCUCACUGGGUGGAAAUGGGAAUUAAGAGAAAACUGCCCUAUCGGUUUAUAUUUUGUAAUCUUUAAAUAAAUUAUUACCAGCAACAACGAAAUUAAACAUGAAGUUAACUAAUGUAAUGUAAGAGGCUGAUUCUGUGAUAACUGUCAGUGUUACAAUAUGAUUCAGGUUUUCCUCUAGUUCUCUCCCUGCCCCCUCCUACUCUAUCGGAAAUGGUGGCUAAUCCUGAAAUUAAAAGCUCACUCCAAAGGAAUUAGACUGGGCGAAUAUGAGAGAGAAAUAGCAUGUAUGAGAAUAGAGACCCAGUGUAGACUGUAAUUAUUUUAUGACUAUUUCAAAUGGAAUUUAUUUUGAUAAAUUUUAAAAUAAAUCGUCUGUGAAGAAUAAAAUUA